UGAAGAAGACACUGUAACCGCUGUGACUCUUCUGUACCUUUGAGGACAAAGACAUGAUCAUCAUGGAUUCCGGUUACGAAGGUCCCGCUAUCGAAGCCCUUGGUUCUCUCUUCAAGGUCACGCAAGUCUUUCUCUGGGACCGUGACAUUCAGGUUUCUUACUCAAUUGAACAAUUGAAAUUGGCUGACAAUCACGGUUCUGACUCUGUUCCUGAAGAAUCUACCGGCCUUGUUACACCCGAGAAUUUGGAGCUUAAGAAACAGCUGAAUGAAUUGGGGCUUCCGCUUUCCUUCCAGUCGAACAAGGAGAAAAAAGGAUCAUUAAAAGGAAAAAAAAAGGGUAAACGUUCGAAGCAUCCUGAUACUUGUCACAACCCUGCAGAUAAAACCCUAUAUGAAACGAGUGUGGAGGAGAUUGUGUCUCCUGCAAAAUUUCAUGAAGAAACUAGUAUUCCUUUAUCUUGUAUAUCAAUGCUGGGCCAAAGUGAAUCUACUUACUGUGAGGGUGCCAUGGAUAUUGAUAUGACGCAAAAUGCCUCUUGUGAAGUAGAUAAUUCAGCCUGCUCUACUGGGUUGGCUAGUGGUGUUUCCAGGGAGAUAAACGAUGAUAAUAUAAAUCAGGUAGCAGCUAAUGACGCUCAGGAUGGUGGCUUUUUAAUCAGUAAUGAUUAUGUUGAUUUGAAAACUGCACCUUUUUCAGAUUCUGCUGAAAGCCAUUUGACAGGUGCUGGUGUCAAUUAUUGUGGGGCAGAAUAUGAUGAGUGUUUGAUAGACAGUGAAUGUUUAAAAGUUUCACCGACUGUUGGAAAAAGUACAGAUUGUGAGACUACUUGCAAUGACCACAGUGAUACCACUUGUCUUCCACAUGUUAUUGAAUCUGAGUUGCUUCCUGUGAGCUCAGAAGGUAUUGGAUGCGACAGAAAUGAUGUUUCAAAUAAUUAUGCCGUGCUUGGAGACUGGAUGGCCUUCUGGGAUACUUAUUAUAAGAGAACGUACUUCUACAAUAUCAGCACACACACUUCUACGUGGGACACACCGCCAGGGAUGGAACAUCUGGUAAUCGGUGGGUGUACUGAAUCAGAUGACAGUGAAACUCUUAAGUCUUCAGAGGGGUGUGUAAUAGAAAAUAUCACUAAAGCACCUGAGGAAACCUUGACUGAAGAGAACAUGGAAGGAAAGCAACAUGAAGAGUGCGUUGUUGAGAUUGGAGUUGCCGCUGACAAUUUGGUCUCUGAUAUCACUACAAAUAGUGAAAACCAAUCUCUUGAUCAUUCAGACGAGUGUCUUGAGAGAUGUAGUUGCAAUUGUGGAAUUUCAUGCUGCUCAGUAUCAAAUAUGCCAGAUCAUAUUAUUUGCUCUAAUGAUAGAGGCAUUCAAGUAGCACCAGAGGUUAAUCAUACACCCUUGGAAAACACAGUAAUCGAUAUGUCUGGAUUGGAAUCUAAAUGUGACCCUUCCACAUUAAAAUGGGGGAAAAAAGUAAGAAGACAAAGGCAGAAGAAAUUAUGUAAUGAAGCUGAAGGUUUGUGCCAACACUUCAUUCGUGAUCUGCACUUUCAAGAAAUGCCUGAAUCAUAUUCUGCUACAAUUGCCAAAUAUUGGUGUCAGAGGUAUACUUUGUUCUCUAGAUUUGAUGAUGGUUUAAUGAUGGACGAGGAAGGAUGGUUUUCUGUCACUCCAGAGGCUAUUGCGCAGCAUCAAGCAAUACGUUGUGCUAGUGACACGAUAAUUGACUGCUUCACUGGUGUUGGUGGGAACUCUAUCCAAUUUGCACGACAUUGUGGGCAUGUAAUUGGAAUCGAUAUUGAUUCGUUGAAGAUUGACUAUGCUAGGCAUAAUGCUGCUAUUUAUGGGGUGGUUGAUCAAAUUGACUUUAUAGUUGGUGAUUUCUUCCUCUUGGCACCAAAGUUAAAGGCUGAUACCGUUUUCUUAUCUCCACCAUGGGGGGGACCUGAUUAUCUCAAGGCUACGACUUAUGACAUGAAGACAAUGCUUAGACCUCAUGAUGGCUGCUCCUGCGUAGUCAUACACUGUUUAGUGCUGCAAAGGAGAUUGCUUCCAGAAUUGUCAUGUUCCUUCCAAGAAAUAUCAAUUUCAACCAAUUGGCAGAGUUAUCUCUGUCAUCCAGUCCACCAUGGUCACUAGAGGUGGAGAAAGUUUAUUUAAAUAACAAAUUGAAGGCCAUCACAGCUUAUUUCAGUGAUACAACAGUUGGAGGGUGGUAGGUUAAACAUACUAACUUCUGCUGCAUAUUAAAUUAAGGGUACUCAUCCCCUCCGAGGAGGAAAAGAUAGACAAAGGGAAAAAAGCAAUGAGGUGGUUUGUAGUUGUGCUCCUGGUAUUGAUACUUUUCCGAGGCAUUUUUAGCUUAAUCUUCAAUGUAAAAGCUGUGCAUACUGUAUUUACUCCCUCCCCCAAAUGAACUUGUACAUAUGACCUAUGUAACACUAGAUAUACAGAUAAAGUUAUUUGGGAAAGGUUUGUUGAUUGUGUAAUGAUGGGGAAGAGAAUAGUUCCUUCCACAGGUUAUAAAGAGGGAUUUCUUAGGAGAUGUUCA